AUGAAGGCCAAUCCAUUGCUCAUCGCCUGGCACAACGACAAUGCCCCCAUCUAUUCCGUUCAUUUCGACCCCAAUGGCAAGGGUCGCCUCGCCACGGCUGGAAACGAUAACAAUGUCCGCCUGUGGAAGGUGGAACCAGUUGGCCAAGAACGAAAGGUGACCUACUUGAGUACAUUGGUGAAACACACACAAGCCGUCAACGUUGUCCGUUUCAGUCCGAAAGGGGAGAUGCUGGCAUCAGCUGGAGACGAUGGAAAUGUACUUCUCUGGGUACCGUCGGAGCUGCAGACACAACCGGGUUUUGGAGAGGAUCGAGCGGACGACAAGGAGACGUGGCGGGUCAAGCAUAUGUGUCGGUCCUCGGGUGCUGAGAUUUACGACCUCGCCUGGUCCCCAGAUGGCGUCUUCAUCAUCACCGGCAGCAUGGAUAACAUUGCUAGAAUAUACAAUGCGCAGACUGGCCAAAUGGUGCGGCAGAUUGCUGAGCAUUCGCACUACGUCCAAGGAGUAGCCUGGGACCCCCUCAACGAAUUCGUUGCGACGCAAUCGUCUGAUAGAUCCGUCCACAUUUACAGCUUGAAAACGAAGGAUGGGCAAUUCACCCUCACCUCACAUGGGAAGUUCCUCAAGAUGGAUUUACCGGCCAGACGGAUUUCGCGCAGCAGCCCUGCUCCUUUAGAUCUCUCGGUUCGAUCUCAACCAGCCACUAGCAACUCCGUAGCUGUUGCCUCUCCUGCUCCUUCGACUCCAGGAACACCGAUGACCUCGCAUCUGCCCAUGGAUCCCCCGCCAGUGUCGCAUAGUCGCCGUUCCUCCUUCAGCUCCUCACCAAACAUCCGCCGUUCCGCAUCGCCAGCGCCGUCCCUACCCCUGCCUGCCGUCAGACCUUUAGAAGUGACGUCUCCGGGCCUAGGUGGGCUCGGUGUCAGGAACGCGAACAUUUAUGCUAACGAAACAUUUACGUCUUUCUUCCGACGGCUGACUUUCACCCCUGAUGGAAGUCUGCUGCUCACACCUGCGGGACAGUAUAAAACGUCGCAAGUUUCAUCGACAGAUCCGGGAAAGACAGUUGACGAAGUUAUCAACACAGUCUACAUAUAUACGCGGGCAGGGUUUAACAGACCCCCAAUUUCUCAUCUUCCAGGCCACAAAAAACCGUCUGUAGCGGUAAAAUGUUCACCAAUUCUCUAUACUCUUCGAGAGGCACCUGAGCCUUCCAAGCAUAUUACCUUAGGUACUACGUCUGCGGAGGAUGCAUCGGCUACUAGUACUGGCGAAGAGUCUAAGAACAAUAUCACCGCUAAACCCUUCGAGUCCCCUACUGCCAAUCAGCUUCCACCUCCUGUUUUCUCCCUGCCUUAUCGGGUAGUUUACGCAGUAGCUACCCAGGAUGCCGUUUUGGUCUACGACACCCAGCAGCAAGCACCACUCUGCGUGGUGAGCAACCUGCAUUUUGCUACAUUCACGGAUUUGGCCUGGUCGAAUGAUGGAUUAACGUUAAUCAUGAGUUCCUCUGACGGCUUUUGCUCUACGCUCUCUUUCGCGCCGGGUGAACUAGGUCAACCAUACACAGCACCACUAUCCGCGCCACAGACGACUGGUACGGGACCAACGUCAGCGCUGCAUACGCCCACGGACCCGACGAAGCCGGCUCACCUUCAAACAGCUCCGCCGCCACCGGCAAGCCCUGCGCGAUCGAACUCAGUAUCAUCUAUCGCGACGCAGCGCGCCUCUCAACAGGCGGAGACCGUUGUCAACAAUCCUACACCAACUCUUGGAUCUGUGCCGCUAGUCACUGCGACGCACUCUGCCCAACCACCAGCUACCUUGCCGCUUACCACACCUCCUGAAACCCCGUUGUCUCAGAGCGAAGCGAGCAACGCUGGUAGUACUGUUUUAGGGAAGCGGAGUGAGUCCGAAAAGGAAGAGAGUCAAGGUUUGACCCCAACAGAGCAGGCGCAACCGCCAAAGAAGCGCCGCGUCGCCCCGACCCUGAUUUCGGCGGGGUCAGGCUCGUCGAACGAGGGACCUCCUGAUACAAAUGUCGGGGGAUAA